GGCGCUGUUUCCAGAUCUGCCCCGUGGUGCCCGGCGCUGGAGGCGGCCUGCCGAGUACUGCUCUGCCAUGAGACAGUUCGCCUGCCUGCUGCACCUCUGCCACCGUGCCGCCUACGAGCAGCUGAGGAAGGUUUUCCCCCUGCCGCAUCCCGCCAGCCUGAUCAACUGGCUGUCUAACGAUGCUGCAGCUCCAGGCUUCAGCAAUGAUAUGUUCCUCCAGCUUCAAGAAAAGGUGGAGAGAGGGGAACAGGCCUACUGCUACUGUACCCUGAUGGUACAGGAUAUGUCCCUGCAGAAGUGCCAGGAGUGGGACCGGCAGACCCAGCGUCUGACCGGCUUUAUUGACUUGGGAGCAGGCAGCCUUGAUGCUGAUGAAGCUCCGCUGGCCUCAGAAGCGGUAGUUGUUAUGGCAGCCGGUAUCUCAAGCCCUUGGAGGGCUCCCCUUGGCUACUUCUUUGUGAGCAGCGUGACUGGUUGCCUGCUGGCUCAGCUGCUUCGUCAGGCCAUCAGUAAGCUGAACAACAUUGGUGUCACAGUGCUGGCCGUGACAUCGGGUGCCACCGCAUGCGGGGCUGAGACAGCAAGAGCUCUGGGGAUCAGGAUCAACCCCCAAAGGAUCCGCUGCGCUUUCCAUCACCCACCCAGCUCCGCUCACUGCAUUGCAUACUUCUUUGAUGUUUGUCAUGCUCUCCAGUUGAUAAAGAACACACUGCAAUACUUCCAGAAGAUACAGUGGCUCAGUGACACUGUGCAGUGGCAGCAUGUGGUGGAGCUGGCAACUUUACGGGAGAAAAAGCUGUUAGGGCGCAGGUCAUGCCAUCCAGAGCGUGAAGAGACCUACCAGCUAGAGGUCAACCUCGCUGCCCAGUUGUUCAGUGAGGGUGUUGCUGAUGCACUGGAGCACCUCCAGAAGCUGGGCCUGGCCUCAUUUCAGAACUGUGGUGGUACUGUCAAGUUUCUGCGUAUGAUGAGUCGUCUGUGCAAUGUAUUUCAUGGCAAUGGACUGAAGGGGCCUUUGCCAGCCGGAAAUUAUAACAAAAUCAGCCCCCUCUUCCAUGAAGCUAAGAGCUUCUUUGUUACCUUAACAGACUCUACAGGGAGAUACAUUAUUAAGAGCAAACGCAGACUGGGCUUUCUGAGUUUUUUGCUCAAUGCUGAGAGCCUCAAGUGGCUUUACAGCAACCCUGUGCUUCAAGAGGGUGCUCCUUCCCAACGCUUCCUGACCUCUGCCUUCAGCCUUGACCCGUUGGAGCAGUUUCUCUGGGCUCUCCAGCAAGCCUGCAGCACUGGCAGUGGGAACCCCACCUGUGCCAUGUUUCAGGCUGCCUACCGCAAAGUGCUGGCUGGCUGCAGCCUGGAGCCAGACACUCUGCACAGCACAGCAAAUACAAGUAGCUUGGACUUGUCUCACAGGACAGACCUUACCCUUGGUAGCAUUUGUUCUCAGUAUAACCCAGCUCACAGGCGGAUGCUGGCAGCAGAGCUCCCUUGUGCUGGCCUUCUUUUGCGUGACUCUCCUCUGAGCAAUGCACUUACAGACCUAUCGCUGUACAAGCAGAGCAUCACCUUUGCUGCAGGCUUAGUUGCUGAGCAGCUAGCCUCCAGCUUGCGAUGUGAGGCUUGUGUUGCAUCCCUCUUUGAGUCAGAUGGGAGCCGGCUAAGGUGUGGAGCAGUGCUCUAUAUCAAGAAGUUACAUGGACUAAGCCUGCCCUCAGCAAGCGUGCACCAUGUGGCAUACAUUUCUGAACAAGUCCUGAGCAGGCACAGACAAUUGGGAGAUGACAACAAGAACUCCAAGUUACAUUAUUUGUCCCUAGAACAGAAAAUUUUCCAUGAGCUUCUAGGACAAAAUCACCUCUUCCCCACUUUUUCUGAGCAUUUAUUUGAGGGGGAAUUGCACACUGACAAUCACUACACAAUUUUAGUGAAGGGAAUAGCAGAGCAUUACUUAAACAUCAGAACAAACCAAGCCCAAAAAUUGAACUUCAGUUACCACUGUGGCAGGCACAGAUUGAAGAGAGCGAAGGGAAAGCAUUUGUUCCUAUCACAGCUAAGUAGCUGUUGGUCAAGCCAAACCCAUGCAGGAUCAUGAAUAUUUAUUGCUGUUCUCCAUUGAGGCUCAGUGGCCAGAUCCAUGCAAUAGGCACCAGAAAACCACAUGGUGUCUUUCCAUAAUUUGCCAGGCAAAACUAGUCUUGACGAGUGAUGACUUGGGACACCGUGAAUGUUCUGACCCCAGUUUGAGUA